CUGUGUGGUUUAUCGCGUAUAGCUGCUGAAAGGGGGCUCUUACUAAAAGGGUUGAAAAAUUAGUGGAAUAGGUCCCCUUUAAUGAUGUCAAUACUAAUCAACGAGCAUAUUUUUUCCUGAUUUCCAAAAAAAGUGAGAUUCAUGCCUUUUUAUAAAUGUUCACAAAACCAGAGGCACAGUGACUCUGCAAUGGUCAGUGGGUGGCAACAUUGUGUUUAUUUGUUUAGCGUUCAGUCAUGAGGUCAGACGACAGAUCUGGCAACCAGCAGCAGCUUUAUCAUCCUGUAAAUCCCCCUCACAAGUACACAUUUGUGUGGAUUAGAAAUAAACAACUGCAUAGACUUGAGUAGGAAGAAAAGGAUAGAGGGAGGAGAUACAGUGGCGAGUAUAGGAGGGGGGAGCUCCGGGUUAUCGCGGAUGAGGAGGAGGAGGGAAAACCACCCAGUCUAUCGCGCUUGUCGGCGUCUUCUUCAUGCGUCUCCACGAAACAAGCGGCGAUCUCGUCUUCCUCAUCUGAAGCUGGUUGUAUUGGUUGUGUCCACAACGCGAUGUGUACCCCAUGCUGUAUCUCGCAGCUGGCCUGCUGCUGUGGCUCAGCGGCGUGUUCAUGCUGCUGUAACUGCUGCCCAAAAAUCAGACAGUCCACCGGGACCCGAUUCAUGUACACCCUCUAUUUCCUGCUGGUCACCAUUGUCUGUGUCAUCAUGAUGUCCCCCACGGUAGAGGAGGAAAUGAAACAGAAUAUCCCCUUCUACACUGAGUUGUGCGAGAAGAUGAAUGCAGGGAAGAACUGCAAGACCUUGGUUGGUUACUCUGCCGUCUACAAGAUGUGCUUCGGAAUGGCCUGUUUCUUCUUCAUCUUCUGCAUCUUCACCAUAGGCGUCAACAAUAGCACUGGCUGGAGGGCGGCCAUACAUAAUGGGUUCUGGUUGCCGAAAUUCAUUGUGCUUGGGGCCUGCUGUGCUGCAGGCUUUUUCAUUCCACAGGAGGCAACUUUUCUUGAAGUGUGGCGUUAUGUUGGAGCGACUGGCGGCUUCUUCUUCCUGCUGAUCCAGCUCAUGCUGCUGGUGGAGUUUGCCCACAGAUGGAACACAAACUGGAGCUCAGGAGUGAAGUAUAAUCGCAUGUGGUAUGCAGCGCUGGCCUUGGUCACUCUUGUGCUGUUCAGUGUUGCGGUGGGAGCUGUGGUCUUCAUGGGUCUCUUCUACACCCACCCCGAGGCCUGUCUCCUCAACAAGAUCUUCCUGGGCAUCAACGCCAGCCUCUGCCUCGUCGUCUCUCUGCUUGCCAUCUCCCCCUUCAUACAGAAACUCCAGCCUAAAUCUGGUCUGCUCCAGCCCGGACUCAUCAGUGUGUAUGUCAUGUACCUUACCUUCUCGGCGUUCUCCAGCAAACCAAAAGAAAUGGUGGAAAAGGAUGGCAUGAACACAACCGUGUGUGUCUUUCCCUUCAACUCUGGGAAGGAAAGUGACAAAAAGAUUGUCACAACUCUUGGAGGCAUUAUCCUAUUCUGCUGCAUCCUUUACGCCUGUCUGACCUCCACCACCAAGCGAAGCUCUGCAGCGCUCCGUGUGUGCAGGAACAGUGAGCCAGAGACCGAGAGAGCCCGCUGCUGCUUCUGCUUUGGCGAUGACACAGAGGACUAUGACGAAGAGAAGACCGGUGCUGGCCAGAACGUACUUUAUGAUGAGAGAGAGGCCACCAACUACAGCUACAAAUAUUUCCACUUUGUCUUCUUCUUGGGUUCCCUUUAUGUCAUGAUGACCAUAACCAACUGGUUCCACUAUGACGACCACAGGAUUGAGAAGCUCUUGGACGGGAGCUGGUCGGUUUUCUGGAUCAAGAUCUCCUCCUCCUGGGUGUGUCUCCUCUUAUACAUGUGCACUCUCAUAGCUCCCAUGAUCUGUCCCAAGCGCUUUGAAGCCUAGGACACCUACGUAAGUCAGAUGACAUUCCGUGUUGGGGGUGUGGCCAACAGUAGCUUUGAGGCUGAGCCAAGGGACCAGGAAUCUUUUUUUUUUUUCCACCUUCAACCACCGUCCACAUCUACCCUCAGCUUUGGAAAUGGAGGAACAUGUGUUGCCUUUUAUUACACACUCUUUUACAUUUAUAUGAUAGUGUUUCCUUUGUGUUACAAUGGUGAUACCUUGAUGGUAUUUUGUUUGUAAUUUUAGGAUUACUUUCUCCUGAAAGUUUGUAUUCGUAUCAUGUGUUUUGUGAUCCACAAGUGUCCAGACUUUAGCGUCACCUUUCUGACGUCUUGUCAUAUUUUUCAGCUCUAUACAGUUGGACUAUAAUUGUAGCAAAUCGAUGGGACACAUCUGUUAGUGUGUGACGUUUUUAAUGUUACACCAGAAUCCAUUUGUGAGGGAAUGCAUGCAAAUUGAAUCACACUUUCAAAACUCAUCUCUCAGGCUUAAAUGUGAGUAUGUUUUGUUAUAUUGUGUGCCCUUUUGUAGAUGUUUUUUAUGCAAGAAAAUAUGCUCUUUGUUUUUGAAGCUUCUCCUUAGAUGUUUCAGGUUUUGUCAAUCUCAGUGCUCCCUUUGAGCAGAAUCUUUUUAGGUAGAAAACAUGUGUUUUAUACAACUACUCAUAAUUAUUGCGUGAGGCGGUGCUCCUGUAAUCAGUCUGCCUUAUGUAACAGAAACAGUCAUUCCCACUCCUGAACAGCUGUUUGCCAAAGGUAGACAUUUGGAAAACAACACGUUUAACGUUUAACCUGCACAUGUUUAUACUUCAGUCAGCCUGUUUGUGUUGUCAUAGCUCAUAUAAAAAAAACCAAUCAGGUUAUUCAACACUGGAUGUUGAGUUUCCACUGAUAAACACUUUCUCAUGCAGCACCAAUUAAUCAUGUUGUUUUCCUUUUGAAAAACUAUUGUUUUGUAACUUAUAUGUUCAUUGUUACUUUUAUGGAAGGACUCAUUAAAAGUGUCAUUUUUCAUCCUUAACAUUGCAUUGUUCUUGAUGAAAAGUUAAUGGACCAAUCGGGCUCCCUUAAGACAUCAUUUGUAUAAUAUACCAUAAUGUAUGUAUGCUACUGUCCCUGCCUCCACCCACUAAUACAAAGGGACUGUAUGAUUUACAAAAGGGCUCACUCCGUCCAUGCUGUUGUUCUUUGGCACAAGAGUGAACCCUCUUCCUGCCUGUUUGGAGGUGGGAGAUGAGGAAAACAGACACGGAUGCACAUGGCAAUAUAUUGAAGCUGACAAAACGACCAAGAUUAUUUUAAUUCAUUGUGUGAGCAGUAAUUUAUGAUUUAUUAUGUAUAAUUGAUUAUCAAAAAAAAGUGUCUUGUGGCCACUUUUUUUUAGAAUGAGAAUUCUUGUCACGUUUUAAUCUUGUGUGAUCUUGUGACACCCCUAUUGUACACACAUCUUGACACAAUAUAUGAAAAAAAUAUAUUCUAUCAAUGCCUGUAUCACAAACCCACUUAUUAUAGGAAUGGCUUUAA